AUAUUAGAAGUAAAAAAAGGUGAUGGUCAGAUUCUCGAUCUUUUUCUCUUGGAAAACAGGCAAAGCGAAACUAAAGUCCUGUAGAGUGUUCCGUUGCUAACAUCGACUCAUGGUAACCAUGGUCCUUAARAACCGCWGGCUCAAUGUUUUGUUUUGAAGCCGUUUCMAAAAAGUUGCGAAAAGAAUUCUAGAAGCUUUGAUCGUGAGUACAGAUCACCGUUUUCCAAUAUAAUUUCGCCAUGGGUUGCUCCGUGAGUGUUUUAGAUGAUGGAUCACAGAAGCUCGUUCUCAAAGAGAGCGAUCUAAAAGAGUCAGUUCCGGUUGGUGUUGGGACGCACGCUGCUUCGUACAAAAGGUUUCAUAAACAAAGGACUAGAAGAAAGACCAUCAGAAUUGAUUCCAAUAUUGUACUGAAAAACAGAGAGUUCACUUUACCGAUGAGUUGGAGGAAUCAAACAGGUUAUGAUUUUAACAAACCAUUKCCAGCCAACACCAACAUUUUCCAAUCCAACAAAAGAUCUGGCAUAAAAACUAGAAUUAAAAACCAAUUCUUCAAGGGUCUUGGCAAUUUGUCACUUUGUUCAGUUCUGAAAGAUGAAUUUCAAGAAGACUGUGGUAUGACGAUAAAUGAAACUGAAAAAAACUCCAGCCGCAUACCUAAGUUCACUUCAUCUGUGCAACAUGUUGGCCAAACCUCCUCAAACCUUCAAACUGUUUUGCCAAAAAGAGAMAGUAGUAUUAUUCCUUUUGAGAAAGAAGCCAGCUCUACUACCACCUGCUUUGAAGACAGAAUGUUGGGUAGUCUAAAAAACCUUUCUCUCAGAAGAUCCAAUCUUUCGUUACAAUCAAACAAAAGUUCAGAGAAAAGUGCAAGAAGCUCAUUAACAUGGUGUUCUAAUAGUUCCGAAGCAUUAUCAGUAGUUUACAUUUCUGAUAUAAAUAGCAAUUUAAAUAGUUUAUCAUAUCCAUGCAAUGCUGAUGUUGAAGCUAGUUCAAAUACCAUUACAAUAAAGGAAAUACCCACAAUGCAGCUCAUGCAAAGUGGGCAGGGUAUUGGAAAUUAUGACUCACUUACACUUAAAUCUGAAGAAGUGGCAGUAGCAGUUCACCAAGAUUUCUUCAAUGGAUUUGGUGAUGACUUUGAUGAUGAUCUUGCAUUUUUUACUUCUGAGGACUGACAUGGAAAAAGGCCAGUGAAGGCAAAAGAUGGGAAUCAACAYUAAUUACCUAAGAUCUUUAGUAUUCUAAUCGUAUGAGGAAGUAGCUGAUCUUUAAAAAAAUA